UUAAAUAAGAGGUAGCCAGCUGCUGUCCCCAGGAGCCUGGGCAGCAUUUGGAAGAGCUUCUGCUGACAGUUGUACACCAAAGACUGGAUUAUCACAACAAGCCCCCCACCACGCGUGACAAAAGUGGUGGGACCUGUGGAGAAGGCCCAUGCAAGGUGUUGCUCUUGUGCCUCAACAGGAGCCAAUGACUUUGUGUUGACAGUGUUCAGAAAACAGCCGGUCUUUCCAGCAGCCUUUCCAUUCUGCUUCAUCAGACACAGGCGGACGUGCAUCACCAUCAUUGUCGUCGCCAGGAAAGAUGUUCUUUGUGGCAGGGGCCAGAAAUACAGCAGGAUCAGGAAGAGGAAAUGAAAGGAGGACAAUUUACCAGAAAUUUCGAGAGGUAGAUAUAUUGGACAAGAAGAAGACGGUGACCGCUCUGAAGCCCGGAGAAGAUCGGGCCAUUCUUCUGGGACUUGGGAUGAUCCUCUCUUCAGUCAUGAUGUACUUUGUCCUGGGUAUCACCAUAUUGCGGUCCUAUGCAGACAGCGUGUGGACAGAGGAGGGUGUGUGUAUUGUUCUCAACUCCACGGUCACAGCAGACAUGAACUGUUCCUACAGCUGUGGGUCAGACUGCUGGAGGAUAUCCAGAUACCCUUGCCUGCAGGUCUAUGUGAGCGUCAAUAACACAGGCCAUGUCAGCCGUUUAUCUCACAAUGAAGAGACCCAUGAUGCCAGCUCUGAAUGUUUCUAUGUGCCCAGGUGCCAGAAGGACAGCACAGCCAUGCACGCCAUGAUUUUGAACAUUUCCGAGCGACUGAAGGCGAACCAGCAGGUCCCGUGUUACUACGACCCCAGCGAGCAGCAGGAGAUGACUCUCUUGAUUCGCCUGUACGACCACAGCGCCAUCUUCCACUCGCUGCUCUGGCCGUCCUGCAUGCUCACAGGAGGGGCCCUAAUCAUCAUGAUGGUGAAGCUAACACAGUACCUCUCCAGACUGUGUGAAGAGAUAGGGAAGCUCAAGAGGUGAAAAAAUAAAAAUAAACCAAGAAAUUGGUGGUUUUGUGAGCGACGCACGACAUAAAAGAAUUGCUGGGAACCAAAUGAAUGUUUUGUGGCAUCUCGCAAACUGUUCUCUUCAGCUGAGACAUUCAGAGCAGCUGAUUUUCACCUCAGAGCAAGUUUAUAAAUGUGAAUGAACUGUCAGCUGUGUAAUGGGCUGUUAUGAAGAAAGAUCUGAACGCAGUUUGGAAGAUGUUAAAGCAUCGUAAAAAUGUCUGAGAGUACUUGUUUACAAGUGUUACAUACCCGACGAUAAAGAAACCAUAUUUAAACCGAUGGAGAAAAACAUUGCUGUCUGAGCAGAAGUGUCUGUGGCUGAUGAUGUCGCACAAUGUGACAAUGCUAGGAAAGCAUUUUGAUAAACAUGUGCUGCUUAUUCUUUUGUUCAUCAGUUGUCCAGUUUCUUCAGAUUUUUUAAGGCUACACUCCACAGCAUGCCAUGAUAUGUGAAGUUCUCAGCUAAUAGUUUUUUUGUUGGCUGUACUGUUUUAUGCCUGUCAAACUGUGUUUGACAACUAAAGACAUGGGAGCAAAUUAUGUGUUUUUAUGACAGACUGCUAGUACCAACAUGGCAGCGCUGCCAAGUUGUCUGUUCUGUGGUGAAUGAUUCAUAGAUGUUAUGUGGCCUAACAAACAAAUAGAACAUUGUUUUGAAAAUGUUCAUGUACAAGGACUGGACUGAAAACGAGUGAAAAAUCAGAGACAUCAUGACACAGUGUACAUGUGCACUGACUCAGCCUACCAGACUAAAUAAAUUGAUUUCGUAUUCCAGGAUCACAAUUUUUCUUGAUCACAUCUCUAUAACAAUUUUCUAUUUGAAAUCAGCAUUACAUCUUACAUUGUGGUAGUUCGCUGGCAGUGUUUGGCUUGUAACUGUAACAAAUGAUCAAUCCCUCAGCAUUUUCUUAUGGUAGAAAACAAAUACAGAUGCACCUCUGCUAAAUGUUCACAGCUUUUUAUAAUGAAAGAGAACCUGAUUUUUAAAACCUGCAUCACAAACACAGGCAGCUGCCUGACUGGAUAUCCAUAUGCUUGAAUAUGACUUCUUCAAUUAUCAAUUUUUCAAAGUUUUAAGCUGCUCACACUCUAAUCACUCAGUAAUGUUGGGUAUUUAAUCUAUUCCUUUGCUCAUUGAAUAUAGGAUGCUUGUUUUACAGAUACUCGAGGAAUGUGUGGAAAUAUAAUGCCCUGGGUGGAAGUGUACAUAUAAAAUUAAAUAAAAUA